CGACUACUGUAUACAAAUAAAACAUCGGCGAUAGUGUCGGGUACCGUACUUAGUUGCGGAUUUUAACCAGACGAGUAGUCACUUAGCUUGUUACAGUAGCCGGCGCGCGGUCAUAACAACUCUCAAUUAUGUAUAAUACGGUGUCGGUUUUAAUAUUUGUUGGCUUUCUGACGAUCACAGGAUAUGGUAAACCUUUACCGAAGUCAUCUGAAGAGGACACAGUCGGAGACGUGAAACUGAACACUUGCGCAACUGAUGUGAUAAGGUUAAUAGCCCAACAAGAGAAAAACAACGAAUUAGACCUCUCCACUAUGAGCGAAGAAUGCCAGAAACUAGUCAAUAACGCGUUGAAUGAUGAGAAAAUUGAAAAAAAUGAAAAUAAACGAGAUGACAAUGACGGCAGUGCAGAUGGCAACGUUUCGGAAGAGGAGUACAGUAGUUUGGUAGCAUCAUUACCGGGGACGCGUGACGCCUGGAGGGUGACGGUAGAUGGUGUAUUGUAUCAUCUACUAAAAGCUUUGGAAUUUGAGCACGAAAAGCUACAGAAAACACUGAAAUGGGUUGCAGAAAUUCAGGAUAAUCAGAAUAAACAGUUCAAAGGUAACUUUUCAAAACAGGCUCUUGCAACAUCUGAAGGAAGCGGUGAAUACACUUUAAGUGGGGAUAUAUUAAACGAUAAAAGGAAACGAACUGAAGAGAGCGAUAGAUCGAGAGCUGACCGAAUGAAGGAGUUGUAUAAUGAUAUAACAACGGGUGAAUUUCAAAAACUUAUGAAGAACAAACCACCACCAUUUACACCAAACUGGAAUGGAAACCAAGUAGAAGAACAAGAAAUAGUUGACGGAGAAGAAUCUGCGAGUAAAACGCCAGAAGAAAAUGAAGAACAAGAACAUGAUGUAGAAGAAUCAGCGAGUGAAAUCCCGGAAGACGGUGAAGUUGAAAAAGAAUAUUUCGAGAGUGGAACUCCUUAUAAACAAAUAGAAAAGAAAAAAGCCACAGACAUAGAUGAUAAUCAAACACCAAAAGAAAAGAGAUUAAUUUCAGCAGAGGUGUAUGACAGAGACGAAGCAGAAGAUGAAAGUGAAGUUGACGGAGAGGAUUCUGCAAGUGAAACACCAGAAGCAAUAGAAGAAAGUGGGGAUUAUAGAAAAGAUUCAGCCAGUAAAACACCUGCAGACGAAGUAGUAGAAGUUGACGAAGAAAAUUCUGCAAGUAAAGCACCAGCAGACGAAAGAGCAGAAGAUGAAGUUGACAGAGGAGAUUCCGCAAGUAAAACACCAGCAGACGAAAGAGCAGAAGAUGCAGUUGACGGAGAAGAUUCUGCAAGUGAAACACAAACAGACGAAAGAGUAGAAGAUGCAGUUGACGGAGGAGAGUCUGCAAGUGAAACAGCAGCAGAUGACGUAGCAGAAGAUGGAGUUCACAGAGGAGAUUCUGCAAGUGAAACACCGGAAGAUGCAGACAAUGGUAAAAACGAAGUUACCAUAGAAGAUUCCGCAAGUGAAAUACCAGAAGACGUUGACAUAGAACAUUCCGCAAGUGAAAUACCAGAAGAAGAAAAUGAAGGAAUCAUCAGAAACGACGAACACGAAGAAAAAGAAUACAAUAGUAUUGGCAAUAAUUAUAUAACAAAAACGGCAAAGCAACAGUUUGUAAAACAUUUUAAAAAUGCAGACGAUAAUAAGAUUCAAGAAAAUAAGAGAGAGAAAUGGGAUGCCAUCGAAGUCAAGAGGGAGCCUGAGGUACUGAUUAAAAGCAGUAACGAUAUAACGAACACAGAAUCCUAUCUACUCAAUGAUGAUCCAGAGUUUGACGAAGAACUUGCUCAACUAAGAGAGUCAUCCGCGUCGGAAACACCAGAGGAUUUGAAUGAAGGAGCUUUGAAAUUAAAUGAAAAUGACAAGGAAAUGGAAUUUGGGAGCAAAAAAGACAUAAAGGACACAAUAGUUAAUGAGUUAAAGGAUCUACAAAAUGGUGAUGACAGUGACAAAUCUCAUCGAAUACGGGCAGUUGAAAAGGCAAUGAAGAAGUUGUCAAGAGAUACACAUCCUGAAACGGACUGAAAAUAAUUACAUGAUCAAACCAAUUGAUCACACAAGGUCCGAAAACAUACUCAUGAAAUCAAAAACAGAACUUGGAUCUUUCUCCUUUCUCGGAGAUCAUCGUGUGACAUCAACAUUUAAUGUUGUGUAAAGUAUUUGCAUGAUUAUGCUCUUUAGUGUCAUUUAAUAAAAUGGAGUGUCACCAUAAUUAUUUUAAGAACAACGUUAUAAAGUUUAUUGAGUUCCUACAUUUGCCUCGUUAACCUCUGCAACAUAAACAACAAUAUCUGCAAGUCUUAACGAGACCUUAUGCUCUGGUGUCAAUAACACAGAACGCAAACAACCCAAUAAAGUAUUUUCUCCGCCAGAAACUUCAUUUGCCACUCGAUAUAGAUACUCGUAUAAUUCCUGGGGAUGGGAAAUCAGUGAGGGCAUAUGGGUUUCUAUGAAAAAAUACAAACAAUACACAGUUUUGAAAUAUUUAUUACUAUUUAUACAUACUUGAACGCGUUUAUACAAAGUGGCCGUUGCGUAGAGGCUGCUCCAAAAUUCGAAAUCGUACGGAGAGAGGACACUUUAUCUUCCAUUUGGCACCCGAACUAUAUCUUUACGUCUUCGAAGGUGAAUCUUAUACCUCAUAUUUCCUCUGCUACUUAAUUGCAUGUGUAUUCAUCUACGCCCAAAGGCUUGUCCAGACUAUCAAAUUUUAUUUGGCAAAACCAUGUGACAUGCCUACAUAUGGUUAUGAUGACAUCACAUCACUAUGUAUAGGCACACCAUAUUAUGGGCAUAACAUAAAAUUUGAUAGUGUGGACACAGUUUUUAACUAUAAUUUACUAAAUACUAGAAGGACUAAGUGUAGACUUGCCACACUGGUCUCUUAUUUUUUAUUAUUUUUCUCAUUCUGGACAGCGCCACCAACGAGAAAGUUAAUUUAGAGACGGAAUAAUCCGGAAAAAUCGAGUAUGGGACGCCAAUUAAAUUAGGUAUGGCGCGCACUAAGUGCAAUAAAUAGUGAGUAACCCAAAAUUAGGGCCUGGAACCCAGGCUAGACUAAGUGGAACAAUAAGAUCCUGCGAAUGGAUAGCGAAGAUCAAGCCAUUAACUAAUGUACGAAGCAUGAGGUAUUUGUUUUCCUAAAAAAAACACACACACAUGAUAGGGUCUAUAUGUUUUUAUAUUUUAAAAAAAAAAAA